AUGUUAUAUUUUACUACUCUAGUAGCUGCAGCUGCCGCUCAAUUUGAGCAUCACCACGGGCAUGGACACGCAUACUCAUCUCAGCAUAUAUCACACCAUACCGGACACCAUCAUGACACAGAGCAGCACGGUCACCAUGAACAUGAACACCAUGACUACCAUGCACAUCCUAAAUACGAGUUUGAAUACAAAGUAUCGGAUCCUCACACCGGUGACCACAAAAGCCAGCACGAGACCCGUGAUGGUGACCACGUAACCGGUUCCUAUUCAUUGAAGCAACCUGAUGGCUCCGAAAUGACUGUUCAUUACCAUGGUGAUCAUCAUAGUGGAUUCCAUGCUACCAUCAAGCAUGGCACACAUCAUUUAGUGCCGCAUCAUAAACAUCAUCAUCAUCAUUAG